GCAAAACUCCGUAACCGAUCAAUGACAUAUGACGCCCUGUCCGUCACCUAAUGUCCAACUUUAUUCGAGUGACCACUGGAGGACCUGGAUGGUCACUCGCGAUGGACGUAACGGAAGAAAAUCGGACGUCCAACACGUCCAUCACAUGCCCAUCAUGCCGGAUCAGCAUCGUUCCUUCAAGGGCAAGGACCAUGUGUCCCUUCUGUGGAAGUUUUUAUAACAGGGCUGCUAAUAAUGAUGUAUCUCUUAGAAGACGAAGUACUGAUGAUCCAAUUCGUCUCCCACAAUUAGUGGAUAGUGUAACAGAAACGGGAAGUCGACAAAUUGUUCAAGUUACUGGCUUUGGUCCUUUAAUAACAGAUACUCUUGGAGUUAUUCACACUUACAUAACUGGACUUUUACUACCUCCUUCUUCACCAGAUUCCACUGUAUAUGUCUCACUACCACCUAUCAGUCAAGGAGGUGAAGGUCAACUUGUUACUCUUAGAAGUGAAGCUCGACAGCAAGCUUAUGUUCCAUCUGAUGGACGAAGCUCAUUGUUAGCUGGAUCAGCCACAUCAAAUGUGGCAAAAAAUAAUUUACUAGAUGAUUUACAAACCAAUCUCAUUUUGUAUCCUACUAAAGAAAUGACAAUUAGACAACUGAGGGAAGAUUUAGAAGAGGCCAAAGUGACGGGUGAUUAUUCAAGACUUCAAGAAUUUUAUGAAACAACUUUUGGGUCCCUUCUGGAUAUUUGCGCAACUUUUAAAGUGAAUCCAGAUUCAGAAGGGGCCAAAGCAGACGAUCCGGAGCUAAAAAUGGACUUUCUGUUUGAAACCUAUGAUAGUUUAAAUGAAGUGCCUUCUUUUGUCAGUAAAGCUGCACUAAAAGCAACAAUUGGAGCUGUACUGGCAACAAACAUCAGGUUAAAAGCCAAAGAUGAAACAAAAGCUCUUUUUGCCUUAUUGCAUAAUCCAUUGUUUAGUAAUCAGUCUUCGUACACUGUUUUUGCUCAUUUAUUCCGAAGAACCAUCGGACUUAGCAGUGGCGAUCACCAAUUAUUAAUCAACUGGUUUUCAAAAACAGAGUCAGAAAGACUACGUCAACUUGUUAAAAGAAUAUUACAAUUCAUAACGAUACGUGAAUUCCCCCCCGCAAAUGGACAUAAACUUCCGUCGAUUAGUAAAAGUAGAUGGUGGAUACCAAGCGCUACAAGAGUGUUAGCACUUAUAAAUACAGCUAACAAUCGAAAUAACCCCAAUCUCAUAUCUUACACUGAGUUUUAUAAUAGUGCAUUGGACCACAUAAAUUUAAUGGCGGAGUACUAUCGAUGGCAAAAUCCAACAAAAAAUCACAAGUUUUCCUAUUGCCAAUAUCCUUUCAUUCUCAGUAUAGUUGCCAAAAAGAUGAUCUUGCAAAGAGAUUCAGAACAACAAAUGAUAAUUAAUGCUAGGAGGAGUUUGAUGAGUCGAGCUAUGCACCAACAAGCACCAGAUAUUGAUGUUUUUUUCUUGAAUCUUAAUGUUAGAAGAUCCCAUCUCGUUUCAGACUCUUUAAAUGAGAUUGCAAGAAAACAAACAGAUUUAAAGAAAAAAUUAAAAGUAACAUUCGUCGGAGAACCUGGCCUAGAUAUGGGAGGACUAACUAAGGAAUGGUUUCUACUGUUAAUAAAACAAAUUUUUGAUCCAGACUAUGGUAUGUUCGUUUAUCAUAAUAAAUCAAGAUGUUAUUGGUUCAGUACAUCUCAAUCAGGGAAUCUUCGAGAAUAUAAUCUUAUCGGCGUCCUUAUGGGACUAGCUGUUUAUAACUCGAUUAUUUUAGACUUACAUUUUCCAACAGCUUGUUAUAAAAAACUUCUCAGUCCACCAGUUGUUCCGCAAAAUCUCACACAUGCCAAUGUUGGGGUUUGGAAGUUUGGAAUUGAUGAUCUUGCAGAAGUCAUGCCGGAUGUUGCUAUAGGGUUACGGGAACUUCUGACUUAUGAAGGUAAUGUUGAAGAAGAUUUUUGCAUGAAUUUUCAGGUUUCUGUUGAAGAAUUUGGUGGGAUAAAAACGCAUGUUUUAAAAACAGAUGGGGAAAAUCUUCCAGUUACAAAUGAGAACAGACACGGUUCUCUUUCAGAUCAGGUAAUAGUUUUUAGUCGUGCUUUAUUUGCUACGACUGCCUGGGAAACAGCCUCUGCAAAAAGGAUGAUGCUGAGACCAGAAGAAGUUGAAAUGCUUGUAUGUGGAUGUCCAACACUUGAUAUGGAUGAACUUCGUAAAGUGACAGUUUAUGAUGGUUUUCAUGAAGAAGAGCCAAUAAUUAAAGAGUUCUGGGAAAUUUUAAAAAGUUACAGCCCUGAUCUUCAAAAACAAUUCUUGAGAUUCACUACAGGAAGUGAUAGAGUACCUGUAGGAGGAAUGGGAGAAAUGGCUUUUAAAAUAUCAGCCUUGAACCACAAUACAGAUAUGUUACCAAUUUCCCAUACAUGUUUCAACCAAUUGGUCCUUCCACGAUAUAAAAAUAGAGAUAUUUUGAGAGAAAAAUUAACAAUAGCCAUAUCAAAUGCAGAAGGAUUUGGCUUAGAGUAAAUAAUCAUCUUUCUCAAGCUGUUUUGAAAUAUAAUUCACUUCUCAACAAAAGAAGUUGCCUUUCGACUGUGAUUUCAUACAAGUUGUUCUGUUUCGUCAACUGUACAGAAUCGUAUUUUUUGUACCUAUUUAUAAUAUAAGACUGAUAAGAAUUUAGAAGUAUUGUUGAAAUUUCAUUGUAAAUAAUCAAAUUUAAUUCGUUAAAAAUUCUGUGGUGGUAGGAAAAAUCCUUUAAUGUAAAAUAACCUGAAAAAGUUAGCCUACAAAAAGUUAUUGAUGUUUGUAAUUCAGGGGAGUACAAAGGAUUUGAAAAUGUUAUCUAUUCAAUAAGUUUAGUUAUCAUACAAAAAUCGUAGGUUUCAAGGCAUAGAUUUUAAGAACUUAAUCCAGCCAUCACAGAAUUAACAUAUCAAUCAAGAGAAUCUUUGACACAGAUUUUUAAUAAGUCACAUUUUAGAUUUGUAACAAAAUUAAAGUUUGACAGAAUCUGAUAGAUAUAACUUUGUUGUGAUUAAUCAUGUUCAGAUUGUUGAAGUGGAACUUGCCAAAACAGAUUAAAUUCUGGAAGAUGUUACAGAAAAGAGUACUCAAUUUUAGAAAAUUAUUACAAAAAGUACAAAAACUAUGAUCAAAUUAUGUACAUACAUUUAGGAAAAAAGCAGUUUGAUCUGGAACAGGUGCAAUGUAAU